UCGCGAUAGCAUUGUACGCUAGUAAAUACGGCAAGACAACCUAUAGAUGUUGACUGCUCUAUUUCGUAGGUAUUUCAUUUCAAUUUCUAAUCAUAUUUUGGAAUUUUCCUCUUACUAAGAAAAGAAACUUCGCUGCUUUGUCAUUAUUAAAUUAUUUUUAUAUAACGAAGCUUCUCGAAUGUUUGAUAUAAAUUUCUUUAUAACCUUCGGGGAAUUUUCAGUUUCAUUUUAAACCGACCAAUAAUUUGUUGACACAUUUAGUUUCUGUUUCUGUGGAAGUGCUUACAUUUGUCUACUUCCCACAAUUGAGCUUAUUACAUGUUGUGCUUCUAAUACGAUACGAUUAUUUUGACAAACACUCAUUUACAUCACAUAGGAUACAUUAGUCCCCAAUAAUUUCCGAGGAGAAAAGAAAGAAUAAAAGCAGAAAAACAAAAGAUAUAAAAACGGGUGUGAAAUAAAAGAACCUUAAAACAAUGGCAGAGAGGUUUGAAAAACUGUUUAACUCAAUAAAUCCUCUGUGUGUUGGAUACAUAGAGGCUACACAUCUACUACCAUACAUGCCUUUUAUGAGAUCCAAAGCUGGUUCAAUCUUUAAAGCCCAUAAAAAGUCAUCUGAAGAGGGAUUUCAAGUAAUGUAUGAUGCAUUAAUACAGAGUGAUACUGAAAACAAAUGGGAUAUAUACAAUGAGGCACUUAAAGAAGCAGAAUUUAACUCAAUUUGCAAACUCUAUGCAUUUAUGCAAGAACAAACAAAUGAUUUUAACUCCUACUGCAAUAUAUUUGAAAUAUUCAGCACUGAAAUAACUGAAGGUCAAUUAAACAUUAUCAGAUUUGCAAAUCAUUUGAAGACUAUGGAAACUAUUUUAGAGAGUCAACUGGAGGAUAUAAAACUUACUGAAGAAAAAGAAGGACCCAAUUCAGCUGCUAUUUUAUUAUUUGCAUAUUUUCCUUCUACCUUAUCAUAUCUGAUGAAAGACCUUGACAAAUAUCUUAAUAUCCCAGGCAAAGAUGAUUUGUGGAAAAAAAUCCAAAACGCUGUCCCUGUCUGUGAAGAUGAAGUAAAUUGCGUGUCAAAUAACAGGGCUGAAAUGAUCAUGCAAUUGCGUCAGGUUAUACUCGAAACUGUCCACCCACGAGAUAUUUGGCCUGUAUUAUCGCUUGAUCUAAAUCUACCUUCAAACAACAUUGAAUUCAACAGAAGUGACAUUGAAAAGGUUAUGGAUAUGUAUGAGCAUAGUUCGUAUCAAGGAAAAUCUCAAACUUUAUAUCAAGCUCUUUUUGAUGCUGGUUAUGAACAACUUUGUUUGAAGAUUGAUGGUAGAAAAUGUCAUGAUGUAAUUAACAAUGGAUAUAAACAAUUAAUAGAUGCACAUUAUAAAAUGCUGACUGAAAAAAUAAAGACUUUAGAAAUUUUGGAUAAGCUCUUAGCUGCUAAAGUUAUUAAUAAAAGAGACAAAGAUGAUGUUGUUGCGAAACGUGAAAGCAAAGGAGAUAUAACUGCUGCCCAAUUUCUCUUGGAAAUAAUUCCUUCUAAAAAAGAUAUGUGGCAUAAGGAUUUCUUUGAAAUACUUUGUAAAAAUAAGCAGAGAGAUUUAGUUAAAGAGCUGGAACCUGACUACAAUUGCAAUUCGGAUACCGAAGCUGACAUUGAUUCUGAUACCAAUUUGGACACCAAUCAUGAAGACAAUCCAUCACAGAUUCAAAAGCAAGUGGGAACCAAUGCCAAGGAAAUUGUACUCCGUGAAUAUCAAAAAGAAUUGAUUUCAAAAGCCCUUUUAGGGAAAAACUGUAUAAUAACUGCACCGACAGGAAGUGGUAAAACAUUUAUGGCUGUGAAAAUUAUUGAGGAUCAUUUUCAAAAAAAUGAAGGAAAAGUUUGCAAAGUAAUCUUUUUAUGCAAUCAAACAAACUUAGCUGAACAACAAAAAAAUGUUCUGAUAGGUGCUUUCCCUGAUUUGAUAAUUAAUGUUAUUUAUGGAUCUCCUGAGAGCCAAAGCAAGAAAAUGGAAUCGUUCACAUUAAGUAAUAUUGUUGUUAUGACUCCACAAUGUUUAGUUGACAACCUGAAGCAUGGUAGAAUUGAGAGUCUUUCCAUUAUUACACUGCUAAUAAUUGAUGAAUGUCAUCAUACAUAUAGCAAACAUCCUUACAAUAUCCUUAUGUCAAGAUACCUUGAUGAAAAAUUUGAAAAAGCAAAUUGUCAGUUACCUCAGGUUAUUGGUUUGACAGCUGUGGCUGGUAUUGAUGUAACGAAAACUGGUAAAAAUGCCAAAGAACACAUUUUGGAAAUUUGUGCCAAUCUAGACUGUGAUGAAUUGUGCAUUACUAGGGAUAAUAUUAAAGAGUUAUGUGACCAUGUACCUGUACCUGUGGAAGAUGUUAAGUCAUUACCAAUGGAAAGGGAGAGUGCUCUCAGUAAAGUAAUCAAGAGUUUUAUGAGCGAUGUGCACAGUAGUUUAAAUAAUAGAGAACUCAGUGCAAAUUCUUUACAGUUUGGAACUACUCAAUACAUUGGAUGGUUGAGUGAUGCAAAAAAAAAAGUGAAUUCAUCUCCUUUUGAACUCAAACAUGAGUUUGCAAGUAUACAGUAUCUGGAAAAAUGUAACAUAGUUUUACGGAUACUGAAUGGCUAUCGUGCAAAGGAUGCCUUAGAAAUAUUGUAUGAUUAUAUAGAGAAUGAAACACUUGAAACAGAUGCCUUUCAAAACUUGAAGAUUUUGUUAAAACGUAAACUAGAGGAAUUUGAAGGUCAUAGCACACAAGAAGAACUGGAGGCUGAAAGUUCAUGUCUUUUGGAACUUGUAGAUUUAAUCCAGAAAAAAUUUCAUGAUAAACCAGAUUCCCGUGUCAUAGUGUUUGCUGAGACCAAAAUUUUGACGAGGAUUUUGGCAAAGGUGUUAAAAGAUAAAAGUGAAACAGCUGAUUUCAAUCCACAAUAUUUGAUGGCAGGAUUAAAUAAAGAUAGUGUUCCUGGUAUGUCAUUGAAUAAGCAAAAAGAUACACUUGGAAUGUUUCGGAAUGGUGUGUGCAAACUUCUGGUUUCAACUCCUGUAGCAGAAGAAGGUUUAGAUAUUCAGAAAUGCAACUUAGUAGUUGAUUAUUUGACUGUACAGGGAGUAAGAUCUCAUGUGCAAAAAAGAGGCCGAGCUCGAGCAUCAGAUGGUGAAUUCAUUCAGAUUAUUGGUUCAGAUCCACUCUUGGACAAAAGAGCUACUGUAAACCGUAUAAAAGUUAAUCAAAUGCAAAUUAUAGUGAACGAAGUUUACGAAGAUCAAUUGAACGAUCCAGAUGCUUUCAAGAAAACUUUGAAAGAAAUUCAGAUGAAAAAUAAGCAAGAACGUGAUGCUGUCCAAGUACAGAAAAUGAAGCUUGUUAAGGCUUCAGGUACUUAUGAACUGAAAUGUACAUCCUGUAACUGUACAGCUGCUGAGAGUUCAGAUUUUCGAAAUUUUGAAGAGAAAUGUUACGUCAUUGUAAAUCUUGAUUUUCGAAAGAAGAUUAGUAUUUCAAGAAGCAGACCUUCGAUAUUAUUUGACGACGUUAAACGCAUAGGCAGUAUUUUUUGCGAUAACUGCGGUCUUUAUUGGGGAAAUCAAUUGGUUUAUAAACAUACUAUAUUUGAUUGCAUAUCAAUAAAGCAGUUCAAAAUAGUCCCUGAAGGGAAAGAUCCUAUACUUGCGAAAAAGUGGUUGAAAGUACCAUUUAGAGAUGCAGUUCAGCCCCUCACUGAAGAAGAUUUUAAAAGGGUUCGUGAAGAUAGUUCUAACAAGUUUGAAGAUGAUUUGUUACCCCCACUUGAAAAAUUUCCAACUCCUGAAAGUAACUCAAAUAUAGAUUAAAGCAUACGUUUUCAUAUUUUUUCUAAUAUUCAUUUUAUUUUAUAUCAGCAAAUAAUAAUUGUAUUUCAAUAUUAUAUAGUUUAAUAAACUUGAUUUGAUUUAUU